GGAGCUGCCAUGAAGUGGUACCGUACCGGUAGUUCUACAGAGAAGUACCAUACCUGUACCCUUUCUUUUACCUGGCUCGGACGUUUACAGGUCUCUGAUUGAAAAUGAAUGGCGUUAACAGAGAUUCACAUAGUAGAGUUGAGCAGGACAUUGAUGAAUCUGAACAAUUAACCUCCGAAGAAAUGUCAGAUUUCCUUUCUCAGAUUGAAGAGUUCACACCCACUAUUCCAGACUCCGUUGCUGCACACUAUUUGAGCAAAUCUGGUGUUGAUACUACGGACGGAAGAAUAGUUCGAAUCCUAGCACUGGCUGCUCAAAAAUUCAUGUCUGAUAUAAUCAACGAUGCUCUUCAGACUAGCAAGCUAAAGGGAUCAUCUCAACAGUCAAGAUCUAGUAAAGCAAAAGAGAAAAAAUAUGUGUUGACUUUGGACGAUCUUGCACCAGCACUUUCAGAAUAUGGUAUCAAUGUAAAGAAGCCUCCGUACUAUACAUGAUUAUCAAUAAAUGGAAGAACGCUCUGGACUGGGAUGCCACAAAAAAAAAUGCUUAAGCAUUGUGUCUUGAUAUGAAUGGUGUUCACUACCUUAUCAAAUUUGAUUGACGCUGGAAGGCCGAGCAUCAUAGAUUGUUCAAAGUGCAUACCAGGCCCUGGGUGAUAGUACCUUAGACAAGUAUUCUCUUAAUUUUUAUUUUUUUCAAUGUGUUGUAUUUUGUGAUGUCAAAUGUUUAUUGUUAUAAGUAAUUUCCCUUUUUAUUUAUUAUUUGGGAAAAUAUUAGCAUGAGCGUACUACUCAAUGCUUCAGUAAAUAAAUCAGUCUGAACUUCA